CAGGACCCCGGGCUCUGCCCCCAGGGCGGCGCGGAGCACGGGGCCGUGACGACGACCACUCCCUUCCCGAGGUACGACUGCGAGGCGCAGCCGAGCGACUGGAUGCAGACGUGGCCUGCUGGGCAGAAGUCCUGGUGUUGCCGGACAACGGGCAUCGCGUGCGGCGACAAGGCCACCGCGACGUGGUCCACCCACGCCCCGACCGCUCCAGGACGCCCCCCCCCCGUUCGCGCCCGUCUGUCCCUCCGCUGGCCCCAGGCCGACGACCCCCCGAGGUGUUGGGCGUAUCCAGAACCUCGGCCUGGAGGACCGGUGUUCGUGGGCCUCUGCGGCUCGGCGCCGGCGGUGGACGCGGAUUCCUCUGGGAGCCGCAUCCACCGCCCCCUGGAGGAGUCCCAAG